AUGAGGUUGGUACCGGAGGAUUUGCCCACGUUCGAAUCGAUCAGGGACCCGCGCCGAGGCGCGCCCGGGACGGCGGCGGCGGAAGGCGGGCGAGGGGCUGCGGAACCGCACCGCUCUCGCCGCCUCUUUUGCGCCUCUUUUGGCAACUUUCCCCCCCGCAGCGCGGGGACCCGUCCGCCGUCCCUCCCGCCGCCAGGUCCAGGUACCGCGCGGGGCCCGGGGCCUGCCGGCCCUGCCGCCGCCCGCGGCCGCAUCCGCCCGCCCGGGCGGAAAUGGCGGGAGUGCGGCCCCGAGGGGGCGCGGGGCGCCGGGGGGCGCGGCGCUGACAAUGGCCCGCGGGGCGAGCGGUGGCGGGACGGGGGCCGAGCGGCGCCCCCCGCCCGGGGCAGCGAGGGCGCGGGGCGGGGUGACCCGGCGGGGAGCGCGGAGCCGGGCGGGGGAGGGGGAGCCACUGGACGGCGGCGCCCCUCGCCCACCUCCCGUUUAGAGGCUCCUCGGCAAGGCCGUGCGCUUUCCGGAGAGGUUUCCCCGCGGAGCGGGCAGUACGGGAGCCCUUGCCUCCCGCAUUGUAAGUGUGGCGAUUCGCCGAGUGAAGUUUGGCUGGUCGGUUUGCGUUCUGGCGUGCGAUCGAUACGAGGUGUUGAAAGCAACGGGCGGCCGGAGCCGCCGAGCGCGGCCAGCGGAGCUGGGGCUCAAACUUGGGAGCGGCAGGAGUGGGAAAUGGGCGCCUGUGCCCCGGGAGCGGAGAGGGGAGCGGGGACGGCACGGAGCGCAUCGCCCGUGCGCCGAGCAGCGCCGGGAGAGACGAGUGCCGGCGGGCUGGGCUGGAAAUCUCUUGAUAGUGGCAUGGAAUGAAGCUCCCUCCAGUCACCUGCUGCAAGACACAUUAUCCAGCUUCCUAACCUUAAGGAUGAGACCCUAUCAAUAUUGCCUCUGCUUUUGUGAUCAGGGUAGUAGUGCAAUAUUGCUUAUAGGGUCUUUUCUUUUGAGGGUUAUUCUUCAUGGAGAGAAGAAAGCCACAGCAGGAAAAAAUAAUCCCAUGUACCCACCAAGUUAAGGGAAAAGUUGUGAAAUGCUGAGUUGUUAGAUAGGCGAGUAAUUGUACAGAGAUGUUAUUUGUGACAAAUAAUCGUGCUAUUCUGGUGA